UCCGUCGUCCCACCGCAGGGCUUUCUGGGAGUGGUAGUCUCAAAAUCUGCGGACUCCAGCAGCAACAGCGGCGCUCGCUCCACGGAGGUACUACAGUGUGGCGCGCAAGUCUUGAGGCUCUUCCGCAUUGCCUGCGCGCCCGCCUCAGCUAUCAUGGCGGCUCCCUUGGCCCUGGUGCUUGUGGUGGCCGUGACCGUGAGGGCGGCCUUGUUUCGCUCCAGUUUGGCCGAGUUCAUUUCCGAGAGGGUGGAGGUGGUGUCCCCACUGAGCUCUUGGAAGAGAGUGGUUGAAGGCCUUGCACUGUUGGAUCUAGGAGUGUCUCCAUAUUCUGGAGCAGUGUUUCAUGAAACUCCAUUAAUAAUAUACCUCUUUCACUUCUUAAUUGAUUAUGCAGAAUUGGUAUUUAUGAUAACAGAUGCCCUUACUGCUAUUGCCCUGUAUUUUGCAAUUCAGGACUUCAAUAAAGUUGUGUUUAAAAAGCAGAAACUUCUCCUAGAAUUGGACCAGUAUGCCCCAGAUGUGGCUGAGCUCAUCCGAACCCCGAUGGAAAUGCGCUACAUCCCUCUGAAAGUGGCCCUGUUCUAUCUCCUAAAUCCCUACACGAUCUUGUCUUGUGUUGCCAAGUCUACCUGUGCCAUCAACAACACCCUCAUUGCUUUCUUCAUUUUGACCACAAUAAAAGGCAGCGUUUUCCUCAGUGCUAUUUUUCUUGCCUUAGCAACAUACCAGUCUCUGUACCCAAUCACCUUGUUUGCCCCAGGACUUCUCUAUCUCCUCCAGCGGCAGUACAUCCCUGUUAAAGUAAAGAGCAAAGCCUUCUGGAUCUUCUCUUGGGAGUAUGCCAUGAUGUACACAGGAAGCCUAGUGGUGAUAGUUUGCCUCUCCUUCUUCCUUCUCAGCUCCUGGGAUUUCAUCCCUGCAGUCUACGGUUUCAUACUUUCUGUUCCAGAUCUCACUCCAAACAUCGGUCUUUUCUGGUACUUCUUUGCAGAGAUGUUUGAGCACUUCAGCCUCUUUUUUGUCUGUGUGUUUCAGAUCAACGUCUUCUUCUACACAGUUCCAUUAGCCAUCAAAUUAAAGGAGCACCCCAUCUUCUUCAUGUUCAUUCAGAUUGCCAUCAUCUCUAUCUUCAAGUCCUAUCCAACUGUGGGGGAUGUGGCCCUCUACAUGGCUUUCUUCCCUGUGUGGAACCAUCUCUACAGAUUCCUACGGAACAUCUUCGUCCUCACCUGCAUCAUCAUCGUCUGCUCUCUCCUCUUCCCUGUCCUGUGGCACCUAUGGAUUUACGCAGGAAGUGCCAACUCUAAUUUCUUUUAUGCCAUCACACUGACCUUCAAUGUUGGGCAGAUCCUGCUCAUCUCAGACUACUUCUAUGCCUUCCUGCGACGGGAGUAUUACCUCACACAUGGUCUCUACUUGACUGCCAAGGACGGCACUGAGGCCAUGCUUGUGCUCAAGUAGCCCUGGCUGGCACAGAGCUGCAUGGACAAGAGGGGUAAGGGCCAGAAGCUGGGUCAGGUCCCUCAUCCAGAGUUGCCAGCAGGCGAGUCCUCAGGCAGAAGGUGUUGGUUCAAGUCCAGGGUUACAAAUCCCUGGCACUAAAGGGGACUCAUAGCUGGCAACAAGGCCCAUGGGGAGAAGCUAGGAGCACCCCACUUGGACCCCCCACUUUGUGACUGUGCCCAGAAAGGAAGCAGCCGGUGAGCAGGGCUUUAUAGGUUGUGACUACUUAAUAAAUGUGUGGGUCUUUUUUUCCA